AUGUCGACCAAUAGUGAUAUUGAACUGUCCAAUUCUGAUGAUUGUGAAAAGUAUGUAAACCGGUUUAUUCAGGAAUUUCCUUUACGCCGCGCAGAAAUCGGGCAGGGUACCGUGAUUAAACGUGCCUUGCCAAGCAGACACAAGCGCAUGAUAGGUGCCUGGUGUUUUCUCGACCACGCCGGUCCGGCCAGUUUCCCGCAAGGAGAUGGUCUGGAUAUCGGACCACAUCCGCAUAUCGGGCUGCAGACUUUUACCUGGAUGAUCGAGGGCAGCAUGAUGCACAAUGACAGUCUGGGAAAUCAGCAAUUGAUUCGUCCCAAGCAGGUCAAUCUGAUGACCUCGGGCUAUGGUAUUUCACAUACUGAAGUCUCUCCGGAAAGUGAGAUCCAUAUGCAUGCAGCACAGUUGUGGAUUGCCUUGCCGGAUGACAAGAUCAAUAUGGCACCCGGGUUUGACCAUUAUCCUGAAUUACCGGUGGUCAAUGAGCAGGGUAUCGAAUUUACCGUGCUGGUUGGAGAAUAUUUAAAUACCAGAUCGCCGGUUAAAGUGCAUAGUGAAUUGCUGGGCGUGGAUCUGUAUGCAGAUGAAAGUAGCAGUAUGCGUUUGCCACUGAAUCCGAAAUUUGAAUAUGGCUUUAUGGUACUUGAAGGUACGGCCAGUAUAAAUGGACAUGAACUGACAGAGGAUAAUAUGCUGAUUCUGGAGCCCGGGUUGCCGCAGGUCAAUGCUGAAAUUCAUGCCAGAAGCCGGGUGUUAUUGAUUGGAGGAGAGCCAUUUGAAAGCCCGAUUUUAUUAUGGUGGAAUCUGGUCGGGCGUACGGUAGAGGACCUUAAAAUUGCACGGGAACAAUGGAUAGAAGGGCAUGAACGUUUUGGUUCUAUUCCAGCCUAUGAUGGGCCACGUUUAGAAGCUCCUGCAUUUCCAGAGCGGAUGCGUGCUUCACGAUAA